CCCAUACACUAACUCUCUCGGGUUCGUGUGGCCUCUCACCCUCCACCCAAAACUAGAGGGAGGGCAUAGAAGACUACCAAAGGACUCCAUGGCCACCAUGGACGUCCUCUCCGCCAAGCUCCUCCGCUCCUCCCUCCACCCGCACGCCCCCUGUCUUCCCUGCCCAUCCCUCCCGUCCCGACGCUACCGCCGCCCCUCCUCAAUCUACUGCCGCCUCACCACCUCCUCCCUCCCGUCCUCCUCCGCCGCCACCACGUCCGAGGGGGACGCAAACCAGGACCUUACCGCCCUCCUCUCCGAUGAAUCCACCACCGCCGCGCCCGGCGCCGGUUCCAGGAAGAAGCGGCCGAACAGCGGCGCGUCGAGCAUCCCGUCCGGGGUGCGGCUGGAGAACAUCUCCAAGUCUUACAAGGGAGUGACAGUCCUGAAGGACGUAUCCUGGGAAGUGCAGCGUGGGGAGAAGGUGGGGCUCGUUGGCGUCAACGGCGCCGGCAAGACCACGCAACUCCGCAUCAUCGCCGGUCUCGAAGAGCCCGACGGCGGCAACGUCGUCAAGGCCAAGGAGAACAUGAAGAUCGCCUUCCUCAGCCAGGAGUUCGAAGUCUGCGCCUCCCAGACCGUCAGGGAGGAGUUUUUCAGCGCCUUCCAGGAGGAGAUGGGCGUUAAGACCCGCCUUGACCAGGUGCAGGCGGCGCUUGAGCGAGCAACCGAGGACAUGGACCUCAUGGGGAGGCUCCUCGACGAGCUCGACCUGCUGCAGCGGCAGUCGCAGGACGUCGACCUGGGCAUGGUGGAUGUCAAGAUUCAGAAGCUCAUGCCCGAGCUCGGGUUUGUGCCGGAGGACGCUGACCGCCUUGUCGCAUCCUUCAGCGGAGGCUGGAAGAUGAGGAUGUCGCUUGGCAAGAUACUUCUUCAGGAUCCUGAUUUGCUUCUACUUGACGAGCCCACAAAUCAUGUUGAUUUGGACACCAUUGAGUGGCUGGAGAGCUACCUUAAGACCCAGGAUGUACCAAUGGUCAUCAUAUCUCAUGACAGGGCUUUCCUUGAUCAGUGUUGUACAAAGAUAGUGGAGACUGAAUUUGGGGUGUCGAAAACAUACAAGGGUAACUAUUCUGGAUAUGUUCUAGCAAAGGCGAUUUGGGUGGAAACUCAACGUGCUGCAUGGGAGAAGCAGCAGAAGGAGAUUGAGCAUACAAGGGAACUGAUAAGUCGGCUUGGGGCUGGAGCUAGCUCGGGGCGUGCUUCAAGUGAGCAAAAGAAAUUGGAAAAGCUUGAGAAAGAAGGGUUGAUUGAGAAACCUUUCCAAAGGAAGCAGUUAAAGAUCAGGUUUCCUGAACGUGGGAGAAGCGGUAGAACUGUGUUAGCAAUACACAAUCUCAAGUUUGGGUUUGGGGAUAAGAUAUUGUUCAACAAUGCUAAUCUAAUAGUUGAGAGAGGCGAAAAGAUAGCCAUUAUUGGCCCCAAUGGAUGUGGUAAGAGCACGUUACUGAAACUUGCUUUGGGAACGGAGAAGCCACAAGAAGGUGAAGUCAUUCUUGGGGAGCAUAAUGUCCUGCCUAACUACUUCGAGCAGAAUCAGGCAGAAGCUCUUGAUUUAGAGAAGACUGUACUGGACACUGUAGCUGAAGCUGCAGAGGAUUGGAAAAUUGAUGAUAUCAAAGGUCUCCUUGGUCGUUGUAACUUUAGGGAUGACAUGCUGAAUAGAAAGGUUCGGUUUUUAAGUGGUGGAGAGAAGGCGAGGCUUUCCUUUUGCAAGUUCAUGGUGACUCCAUCUACUUUACUAAUCUUGGAUGAACCAACAAAUCACCUCGAUAUUCCAUCAAAGGAAAUGCUUGAGGAGGCAAUAUCAGAAUACACGGGCACUGUAAUAACAGUUUCUCAUGAUCGGUAUUUUGUCAAACAAAUAGUUAACAGAGUCAUUGAAGUGAAAGAUCAAACUAUCCAGGACUAUCAAGGAGAUUACAAUUAUUACCUUGAAAGGAACCUGGAGGCGAGAGAAAGGGAACUUGCCCGUGCGGAAGAGCUCGAGGAAAAGGCCCCCAAAGUAAAAGCCAAGUCAAAAAUGUCAAAGGCGGAGAAACUUGCAAGGAAGAAACAGAAAGUGCAGGCCUUCCAACAAAGCAAGCAGAAAUCAAAAUCAAUGAAAAACUCGAAGAGGUGGAACUGAGAUGCUGCCCCCUAUCGGCGGUGCCAUUGACGGUGCCAUAGAGCAUGGGCGACAGUGCCUGGGAGGCCCCUGGUGUGCUGAAAUGCUAUAAGGGGCGCAUAUCAAGAGAAGCAACAGCAUGCAUACAUGAGCAAUGGCCAAGGAGGUGAUGAUAGUAAUAGCAUUAUAGAACGCCAAACUAUGUAACUGGGCAGGAAAUGAUUUAUAACCUUGUACAUAACACAGGCAGUUUCUGAUCGAGGAAUGCUUUAUUUGCAACGAUUAAAAAUAGCAACGCCAUUUAUGAUCUUCGUGCUUAA